AUGGCCUCAGAGACUGUUGUCCUCGCUGUCUUCAUCUUUACCUUCCUGAUCGGUGUCCCAUCCAACCUUCUGGCCUUCUACACGCUCCUGGUGAAACUGUGCCGCAAGCCAACCCCCAUAGACCUCCUCUUGUUCAACUUGACCAUUUCUGAUAUUCUCCUUCUGCUUUUUCUGCCCUUCAAGAUGGUGGAGGUCUCUUUCCACAUGACCUGGCCUCUCCCCCCUUCCUUCUGCCCUCUCACCAGUUGCUGCUUCUACGGAAGUAUGUACCAAAGCAUCCCUUCCCUCAUGACAAUCAGUGUGGACCGCUACCUAGGUGUUGCAUAUCCCAUCAAAUACAAGUUGCAUCGCAGGCCUGUCUAUGCUCUAGUGGUCAUCAUCGUGCUCUGGUUGUUGGGUUUCUUCCAUUGCAGCAUUGUCUACAUUUUCAGGCAUGGAGGCUCCAACGAGAGCAUUCCGUACUCAGCUAAUAGCUCCCGUUGCUUUGAGAAUUUCUCCCCUGAGCAGCUCCAUGUUGUCUUCUCUCUCCGUCUGGAGCUGUGCCUUGUCUUCUUCUGCCCCCCUUUCACCAUCACACUCUUCUGCUAUGUGAACAUUUUCUGCAUCCUGAAUUCCCUUUGA